CUCCAGUAAACUCUAUUUUAUAAGAAUCAGAUAAAUUCUUAAUACACUCCACCGAACUUUUACUAAUUGUUUCUUUAUUAAAACACCUUUUUUAUGCUGAAAAUAUUUAUUUAUAAAUUAUUUGUAAAAGCCAUCGAUAAAAAGAAGAACACUCCUCCUCUGAACGUGCUUCUUCUUCUUCUUCUUCUUCUUCUUUCCCACUCCUACUCUUUCUCCCUCCUCUGCUCUCUCAUCUACUUCCUCUGUAUAUUCUUCGCACAAAAUUAAGUUUCUAAAUCCAGUUUCUGACAAUGGAAACAAACCAUUUAUACACUUUGUCUACACUUGUUGUUAUGCUGCUAGUGUCAGUGACACCGACAGUGACAUCAAAAGACGAGGUUGUUUCUUGUACAAUGUGUUCUUCAUGCGACAAUCCAUGUAGUCCUGUCCAAUCAUCUCCUCCGCCACCUUCUCCUCCACCACCGUCAACCCCCACAACCGCAUGUCCUCCCCCUCCUUCUCCUCCAAGCUCCGGUGGCGGUAGCUCUUACUAUUACCCUCCUCCUUCUCAGUCCGGUGGAGGCAGUAAAUACCCUCCACCAUACGGUGGCGGUGGUCAAGGUUAUUACUAUCCUCCGCCGUAUUCAGGAAACUAUCCUACGCCGCCUCCGCCGAAUCCGAUCGUCCCUUAUUUCCCGUUUUACUAUCAUACUCCACCACCAGGUUCUGGCUCAGAUCGGUUUAUGAGUUCUUACUCUAUUAUUUUUGCUCUUUUUGCUGUCUUUCUCUGUUUAGUGUGACGGAAAAUAGUCGGAAAAUUCGCCGGGAAAAUGACGAAGAAAAAGUCGAAAUAAUGUGGCAGAUCCGUAGAUCUAUAAAUCUUUAGAUUUCUUUGAUCAUGGAAACUAAAUGAUGUUGGAUCUUUUACUUUCUUCGAUCUGUUUUAACUUUUUCUUUUGUUGUUGACAAUUUGUAUUUAAUUGUUCUUGAUUAUUAACAUAUUAAUUACUCGUUAUUCAGAUUUCAAAAAUAAAGAAUUGUUACUUUCUAUGUACUCUUUUAGUGGUUUACACUCAAUUAGUUCAAUUUAACACUAUUUUGUCGGUUGGGUUUAAUUUGCGCUGAAACUACAAUUUCUUAUCUCAUUAUUCGUUAAUCAACUAAUUCUGCAUGUCGUGUCACGACUAAUGGAAAUUGGUCAAACAAUACAGUAAAUAAUUAGUUAUGUAAUCUAUUAAUCAGCUAAAUUCACGGCUAGUAGUAUAUUUUACUCUUCUUAAUCCAUAGUAUUAGUUUAUAAUUAACAUGUGAUUGUCGUUAAAGCAGAAUAUCUUUCUUUUCUUCAAUUAUUAUGAAUUCGCACCGUUGGAAAAUUCAAAAUACACAUGCAAGACAAUUUUAUCGCCAGCUUUGCUCCAAC